GAUAACGCGCCUAUAAUCCGAUCCGAUCCCAAUUCAUAAUUAUUUUUUUUACUCAAUCGGAUCGCGGAUUCAAAAAUAUAGGUGCGCGCGCAUUUUUUUUAAAUUCUCGCUUUGUUUCUUUUUUGCACAGAAAUGGUGUGCGCCAGGACUAUCCUCCUCGUAUCCGUAGUUCUGAUGGUUUCCGUCGCGGCGCUGGCCGCGAACGCCAACGACGUCGGUGUCUGUAUACGAAACUGCGCGCAGUGCAAGAAAAUGUUCGGCGCGUACUUCGAAGGACAGCUAUGCGCAGACACCUGCGUCAAGUUCAAGGGCAAAAUCAUACCGGACUGUGAGGAUAUCGCUUCCAUCGCCCCUUUUCUUAGCAAAUUCGGCAACUAUUAACGCGAAUGGGACGCCAUCUUUUCGUCAGCGGUCCAAUAUCGCACUCGACCUAGUUCAUUCCAGCUUCAGCUUCAGAUUGCAACGUUGGCCAGAUACUUCAGGGGUUUUAUUUACAUCGCAGAUUCAAUUAGUUAACGAAUCACAGCGUUUUUUUGAUUUUCAAGAUGUCGCUCGGCAAUUUCCAUCCGACUCGUAGUUUGUAUAAGUGAUUUUUUUUUUGCUGACCAUUGCGUGAUUUUAUCUGUGAUUUCGUAAACUAUAUUCGUCUAUAGGUAU